AGCUGUCUUCCCUUUCCAUUGAUUGUCUCAGCAAGGAACAGAAUCUGGUGCUUCUGUUGCACAAUACAAACCAAGAUCUCAAUCUCGUUCAAUCACUUGAUCAAUCACCAACCUAAGGUCGACGUGUGAUAUUCUAAGUUAAUCAAUGGUGCUCCUCAACCAUAUUUGAUUUCUCACAUGAAAACCGUUUUGUCCACUUUCUUCUCCCUCCCUCCAAGUUGGCAUUUUCUCAUAUCAUAAUCGUUUCUCCUCCUGAGCGUAUCUAUAGAUCGCCGGAAAAUGACUACGUACGGAACAAUACCAACAGAAUCACAUCGGCCGUCAAACCUAUGCAUCAUUUCAAACGCAAAAGAAAAGAUUGAAUUGAGCCUUGGCACACGAAGAUCAUGGGGACAAAUGAUGCAGCUGCAAUCUUUCAACCUUCCCAUCACAUUUAGCGAAUCUGUUCAAAAGAUCAAAACAAAUGCUGCAUUCUUUCGAUAUAACUAUGCUAUAAUCAUACUAUUCAUCUUGUUCCUCAGCUUGCUAUGGCAUCCUAUAUCAUUGAUCGUCUUCAUAAUCAUGAUGGCCGCAUGGAUGUUCCUGUAUUUUCUGCGCGACGAUCCCCUGGUGGUUGUAGGCAGUGUAAUCUCUGAUAAAGUUGUGAUGGUAAUCUUGUUGAUGGCUACAAUCAUCAUACUUUCUCUUACAAAUGUAACUGAGAAUAUUAUUUAUGCCAUGUUGUUAGGGGCGGUGGUUAUUUUGGUUCAUGGGGCAUUUAGAAAUAUUGAUGAUUUGAUGUUUGUGGAAGAUGAAGAAGGAUUUGGAUCGGCCGGUAUACUGGGCAGCAGAGAUAAUAUAGCCACAGUGCCUCUCAAGAACGCUGCGUCUCCUUCUUUUUCUACCUCGCAGUCGUCCAUUUGAAAUGGGUGAUAUUGAGCUUAAUUUUUCGUUCUUUACACUAUGAUUUGAUUACCAAUGAAAGGUAGGAAAGGGAAAAAAGAUAAGUUUAGUAGAAAUGAUUUUAAUCAGACAAUGAAAGAUAUCAUUGUUGAUUAAUUUAGAGAUAAUAGUUUUUUUUCUUCCAGAGGAACUCGUGCACUUACAUUAUUGAUGUUGUUAACUAGUUCGGCAGUUUGAUACCGUUGUUUAUGUUUGUUUUUCUCUGGCUUUUGUAUUUUUCUAACCUGAGCUAAGGCAUCAAAACUCUUCAUUGUUGUUCAUGUAAUUCAUGUGCAUUUUUUAAUGUCAAUUCCCUAAACGAGACAAGACUAAGAAUUCAAGCUCCAUAGGCCACAACCUUGUCGAGGCUACAGUCGAACCUUGAAAAUUUUGCUUGAUUAUGGAGUGUAGUGUGAUGGGAGUUGAGAGAGCCUGGAUAAGGGUUAAACAUACAACAGCGCAAACGGUUUAAUUUUUCCUUGUUCUCAAGUCUACAGGAUAAGUCUUAUUUUAAUCUUUUAUUUGCACAGACCAAUAACAUAUAAUCCAUCAUUUCAUCCUCAUUUUUGUG